GUCGUCGGGUUUGACCUUCUCUCCAGUUCGACUCAUUUUUGACAUGAUUCGUUGGUGGCCGCACGAUGGACUAUGAGAUGGAAACAGUGACUUUUUAAAUGGUGUCGCUUUACCGGUGUAAUUUCCAGAGAAAACGAAGGGAACAAUGGUGAAAUAUUUCUGCUGUGCAGGUUUGUUGAAAAGCAGCUGGGACCAAGUGUGUGUUGCUUUCUGGCAACGAUAUCCCAACCCUUACAGUAAUCAUGUCUUGACGGAGGACAUCAUCUUCCGGGAGGUCACCCCAGCAAACUGCCUCAUUUCCAGACGUCUGUUGACCAAAACCAGCCGAGCGCCUCGCUGGAUGGAGCGGUACCUCCCGAAGCACAUGGCCAGCUCGGCGUACAUCAUCGAGGACUCCAUCGUAGACCCUCAGAAAAGGACCAUGACCACGCUGACAUGGAACAUCAGCCACGCUCGCCUCAUGUCUGUGGAGGAGCGAUGCGAGUACCAAAUUAACCCUGAGAAUGGCAGCUGGACUGAGAUAAAAAGAGAGGCUUGGAUCUCCUCCAAUGUUUACGGACUCUCCAGAGCUAUUCAGGAAUUUGGUCUCGCAAGGUUCAAGACGAGCGUCACAAAGACCAUGAAGGGCUUUGAGUAUGUUCUCGCUAAAAUGCAAGGUGAAACACCGUCCCGAACCCUGGCGGAAACGGCCACGGAGCGGGCGCGAGAGACGGCGCUGGCAGCUAAAGAAAAAGCCAAAGAUCUGGCUUCGCACGCCCAGAAGAAGCAGUACGUUUGACGGGCGCCGGGAGCCACCGAUCAUGGGACAGAUUAACAUUUACCUCCUGUCAUUGUUCACCGGAGCACGGGCUGGGGGGGCUGGGGAGGUGGGGGGGGGGGGGGGGGGGGGGGGGUGAGACAAGCUGAUCCCGGUUCUGGUUAGACUCCUCUGUGAGGAUGCAUCCAGCUGAAAUGGUGGCUCCGAGAGCCUGCUGGAGCCUCCCCUCUACAUGCUGCACCCAGUGUGUCGCUCCUCUGGCAGCACGCGGCGCCGGUGUUUACCUCAGAUCGACACCGGGGAGGGGAACGGCUCAACAAGGCUCUGGACGCCAGGAAAUAGCGACAGCCACUCCUUGAAAGCUCAGCCUCGGCUCCCAUCAGCAACAUUCGCUUUGUACACUGUUCAUUUUGAAUCCCUCUGCUUUUUUUCUAAUAAUUAUUAACCGCCUCAGCUACAUUUCUGAUUUAUGCGUUUGUUUUGUCAUCCUGAUCUCAUGUCCAAUCACAUUGUCAUUGAUUAGUUUUCUUAAUCAUCCCUUUGAUUUGUGCAACCGGCAUCAUCCAGCUGAAGCACUUUGACUGAAAAAAAAGUCUCUUAUUGGCAGUUAUAGCUUGAUAGGAACUCCCGUAGAUCACAGUGCGUUCAGGUUAAUCGAUUUUACCCGUGCAGCAUUGUUUUCACUCUCAGUGGAAUAUCAGCUUGUCAAUAAAUGGACUUUUUCUUUCUAA